CAACCUUUUGCAAGCAAGAACCUGAUUCAUAGUUCCCCACACACCUUGGUAAAAAGUUGUGGGCAGUUUGCCAAUUUUCAAAGAUUAACGGCUGCGAUAAAAUUAAAGGGUGUUGCUGCUAUGGGGGAAAGAAAUAUGUUGUUGAGCACCAAGAAAGAGGGUGGAUGAAGGACUAGAAAGAGAAGCUUUUGUAGGCUCUUCUCUUUUCUUCUCUUCUCACAUAUGCUUAGAGAGAGAGAGGAGACAAGGGAGUACUGUGUAUUUUUUGUUUUCUUAUUUUAGUUGUUGCAGCUUUGUGGAAGGCUUCUGAAGAUAGGAGCAGCAGUUAAGGUUUUUGUGGGAGAAACAGUAAUGCUGAGAAUAUGGGGAAGAAGGGAAGCUGGUUUUCAGCAAUCAAAAGGGUUUUCACUAACAACUCAAAGGAAAAGCGAGCCGAUGGACCUGACAAGAAGAGCAGCAGCAAGGAAAAGAAGAAGGGUAAGGGAAUUUUAAGGCAUGGAGAUACCAAGUCGUUUAUUCCCCGGUUCAGAGAGCCAAGCAGCAUCGAGAAAAUAUUAGGGGAAGCUGAUCAGCUACUGAUUAGGCCUCCUCCUACAUCUUCUCAACUCCCAAAAUCGCCUCCUGCUCUGCCUGUAAGGCCAGUCUCACCCCGGCCUGCUUCACCUGAACCUACUUCUCAUAGAGCUUCUUCCCCUAAAUCUUAUUCUCCAAGAGCUCCUUCUCCGAGGGUUACUUCCCCAAAGGCUACUCCUCGAGAGACACUCUCCACUGGGGCCGUUCCUCCCAAGGCUGCUCCUCGAGAGACAUUCUCCACUGGGGCCGCCGUUUCUCCCAAGGCUGCUCCUCGAGAGACAUUCUCCACUGUGGCCGCCGUUUCUCCCAAGGCUGCUCCUCGAGAAACACUCUCCACUGGGGUCUCCGUUUCUCCCAAGGCUGCUUCUUCCAAGGCUGCUGCUCCUUUCAAGGCUGCUGCUCCUAAAUCAACUCAAAGCAGAAAGGAAAUCAGGCAUGUACAGAAGCCAGAACCGACUUUAAGAGACCAGCAACUUUCAGCCACAAAAAUCCAGGCAGCGUAUAGAGGUUACCUGGCAAGGCGGAGUUUCCGAGCCUUGAAGGGCUUAGUGAGGCUUCAAGUAGUGGUGAAAGGGCAGAAUGUAAGGCGGCAGACGGUGAAUGCCAUGAAACAAAUGCAGCUUUUGGUCAGAGUUCAAACACAAAUCCAGUCACGGAGGAUCCAAAUGUUAGAGAACCAGGCACUCCAGGACCACGUGUAUAAGAGUAACAAGGAUGCUGAGAGUACCCUGAGCAAAUGGACCUUGAACCAGAUGUCUGAGGCCGGUCAAAAUGAAGAUUGGGACGAUAGCAGGCUAACAAAGGAGGAAGUAGAAGCAAGGACGCGGAAGCGAGUGGAGGCUGUCAUUAAAAGAGAGAGAGCAAUGGCCUAUGCGUACUCUAACCAGCUCUGGAAAGCCAAUCCAAAAUCAACUCCAAAUUCUUCUGGUGUCCGAUCCAACGGAUUCCCUUGGUGGUGGAACUGGUUAGAACGUCAGCUACCUCAAGCUGGUAGUUCGCAGAGUCAAGCUGCAUCAAGGAGCAUCUCGUUAACCCCUUCGAGGGCCGUUUCAGAGUUCAAGCCAAGCCCUCAGCUUCACCCAAGUAGUACUAGGCUCGGAAACCUCAUGUUCGACAACCACGAAUCUGUAACGCCACGAUCAUCCAGGUCAACAGUCCCUGUCCGGGCAAAAUACUUUCAGACCACCCCAGGCAGGAGUCCUCUUGCAAGCAGCUCGAGCUAUACCAAGUUCUCGAAACCAAAAGGAGGUGCAACUAAUUCAGCUUACGAUACUCCUAUGAAAGAUGACGACAGUCUGGUGAGUUGCCCCCCGUUCUCCGUUCCCAAUUACAUGACGCCUACUGUCUCGGCCAAAGCCAAAGCGAGAGCAUACAGUAACCCGAGGGAGAGGUUCCCGGGGACUCCAGGAAGCAGCGACUCCAAGAGAAGGUUCUCGUUUCCUUUGACUCCGAAUGCUGGUUCGUUCAAGUGGAACAAAGGGUCUAACAGGGAUUCGGCAUCGCAAGUGGGAACUGAGAAACAGGAGGAUGCCCGCUCCAUCGGAGAUUUCAGCGUGAAUUCAACGGUUUCUAUGCCUGCAGGUUUAGUUGGGAGAAAGCCGUUUAACAGAUUUGUGUGAUUUUUGUGUAUGUUUGUUGUAAGAUUAUUAAGGUGGUGGUUGUCAGUUUAAUAUACAGUGUUGAUGUUUGAAGGGUUGAAAUCUUUAGUGAUGUACAAUAAUGAAUAGGAAUGGUUGUUUUUACCA